UGGUUCCAAUUCUUAUAGAAGCAUGCUAGAUAAGUGGAACUAGUUGGUAGGUAAUAUCAGCGCGUGAAAACCUUUUUAGCAAACGAGUGGUUGCAACAUAUUCCAGGUAUCCAAAUUUGGACCUCUCCAUCACCUAAGAUCUGUAACUUUACGGUAAGUUAAGGAAUUACAUUGAUGUUUAUAAUAACAUAGUUGGUUGGUUAGUACUUAGUUCUAAUUCUAAGUUCUAACUUUCCAUUUUCUUGUGUUCUGCCUCCAUCGAGUACCAAGAAAACAGAACAAACUAAAAAUGGGACUCUUUUCUUCUACAAAACUGCUUCCAAUUGUUGUGCUGUUUUCUCUUCUUUUCACAUCUUAUGCCACAAAUUCAGCUGAAAACAACUUUGUUCACUGCCUUGUGAACCAUUCUGAGCCCUCUCACCCCAUAUCCGCAGCAAUUUUCACACAAAACAGUUCCUCAUUCUCUUCAGUGCUGCAAGCCUACAUCAGAAACCUUCGUUUCAACACCUCCACAACCCGAAAACCAUUCCUCAUAGUGACCCCAUUUCAUGUUUCCCAUGUGCAAGCAUCCAUUGUUUGUGCCAAAAAGCACAACUUGCUGAUGAAAAUCCGAAGUGGGGGACAUGACUACGAAGGGGUGUCUUAUGUGGCCUCACAGCCAUUCUUCAUCCUUGACAUGUUCAAUCUCCGAUCCAUCGAGAUCGACAUGGAAUCCGAGACCGCGUGGGUCGAAGCCGGCGCAAUGCUUGGUGAAGUUUAUUAUAGAAUUGCUGAGAAGAGUAAGACUCAUGGUUUUCCAGCAGGGGUUUGUCCCACUGUUGGUGUGGGAGGUCACAUUAGUGGUGGUGGAUAUGGCAAUCUCAUGAGAAAAUAUGGCACUUCAGUGGACAAUGUUGUUGAUGCACAAAUAGUGGAUGCUCGGGGAAGGUUGCUGAAUAGAAGAACCAUGGGUGAAGAUCUCUUUUGGGCUGUUAGAGGUGGUGGUGGAGGUAGCUUUGGUGUUGUUCUUGCCUACAAAAUAAGGCUAGUUCGAGUUCCCGAAAAAGUCACUGUUUUCCAAGUUGGUGUAACCUUGGAGCAAAAUGCCACUGACAUAGUUUACAAUUGGCAGCAUGUUGCACCCACCAUUGACAAUGACCUUUUCAUUAGGCUCAUCUUGGAGGUGGUGAAUGGUACACAAACUGCAACAAAGACUGUGAGGGCUACCUUCAUAGCACUCUUCCUUGGUGAUUCCAAAAGCCUUGUUUCUCUCAUGAAUGACAAGUUUCCUCAAUUGGGUUUGAAGCAAUCCGAUUGCAUCGAAACAACAUGGCUUAAAUCUGUGCUGUUUUGGGACAACAUAGACAUUGCAACCCCAGUUGAGAUUUUGCUUGAAAGACAACCUCAGUCUUUUAAGUACUUGAAAAGAAAAUCUGACUAUGUGAAGAAGCCAAUUUCCAAGGAGGGUUGGGAGGGGAUUUGGAACAAGAUGAUUGAAUUGGAGAAGGCAAUAAUGUAUUUCAAUCCUUAUGGUGGAAGAAUGGCUGAGAUUCCAUCAACAGAAACCGCUUUCCCUCACCGUGCCGGGAACCUAUGGAAGAUUCAGUACCAAGCAAAUUGGUUUGAGGCAGGGGAAGAGGUAGCAGAAUACCACAUAAACUUGGUAAGAGAACUUCACAAAUACAUGACACCCUUUGUGUCUCAGAAUCCAAGACAAGCUUUUAUAUGUUACAAGGACUUAGAAUUGGGCAUCAACCACCACGGUUUCUAUGGCUACUUUGAAGGGAGUGCAUAUGGAGUCCAAUAUUUCGAUGAUAACUUCAAAAGGUUGGUUCAAAUAAAGACCAAGGUUGAUCCUAGCAAUUUCUUCAGGACUGAACAAAGCAUCCCGCUACAUAGCCAUGUGGAAUUUAUUAGAAUGGUUACUGAAAAAUCGUUGGUUUCUGUUUUGUUUGGUUUUUUCGCAUUAAAUUGGAUUCGGAGAACUUCAAGUAACAUGAACUAUUAGAUUUCUCCUGUAAUUAUGUAGUUUCUGUAUCUUUUUUUGUCUUAUGACAAUGUGGUCGUGUUAGUGAGUAACUUGGGAUGGAUUCGAAUCUUAUUCUUAUUUAGUAAUAAAUUUGGUUUUGGAAUGAA